UCAAUAUUUUUUAAACAUUUUAUGGACCAAAGAAGUGCUCGAUUAAUCGAGAGAUUUAUACUAAAGGCACGGAGCUUUAGCAAGAGAGACCAUAACGUUAUAAGUUGGUGCUUUUACUUUGAAGGGCUGUGGACCGGACGUUGAGUGUUUUCUGUUUCCGUGGCGGGCGGAACCAAGUUUGUUGGGUCGUUAGAGUGUGGAGGUACGGGAGGUAAACGGACACAUUACUGACGCGCGCACCAACAGAAGACUAUCGACAAAUGUCUCGAUACAGACGUGCGGACAAAGACUCUCUGUCCGGCUUCAGGUCAGACAAACCGGAAGCUCCUGUCCCGUACGGUCUGCUGAAGACGGCGAGGAAGAGUGGGCAGCUGAACCUGUCCGGCCGAGGACUCACGGAAGUUCCUCAGAGCGUGUACCGUCUGAACGUCGACACGCCGGAGGAGGCGCAGAAGGAUGUGGGCUUCGGAGCAUCGGAUCGCUGGUGGGAACAGACAGACCUCAACAAACUGCUGCUCUCGUCCAAUCUUCUGACACAGCUGUCUGAGGACAUUAGACUCCUGCCAGCUCUCACCACACUGGAUCUCCAUGACAACCAGCUGAGCAGUUUGCCCAGCGCGUUGGGAGAACUGCAGGAAUUGCAGCAGCUCAGACUGAGUCACAACCAGCUGACAUCACUGCCAGUGGAGGUGUCUGCUUUGAAGAACCUCCGUACCCUCACAAUACAGAAGAACCUGCUGGAGAACCUGCCAGAAGAACUGGGCCAACUAGAGAACCUGACCGAGCUGGACUUGUCCAACAACCACCUGAAGGUCCUGCCGUCCAGCCUGGGUCGUCUCUCAUGUCUGCAGAAGCUGAAUGUGUGUCACAACAACCUCAGCUGUCUGCCAGACACUCUGUCCCAGCUCAAAGCUGUUAAACUGCUGGACUGCAGCAACAACCAGCUGACUGAGGUCCCCUCCAGUCUAUCAGAGAUGCUCGCGCUGGAGCAGCUCUAUCUCAGACACAACAAGCUCCGCCUCCUUCCACAGCUCCCCGCACCUGCGCUCAAGGAGUUGUACAUCGGAAACAACCAGAUCGAUGAGCUCCAGACAGAGCAGCUGUCCUCUCUGGCCGCUAUCUCUCUCCUUGAACUCCGAGACAACAAGAUCAAAACCCUACCAGAGGAGAUCACCUUACUGAGCACGCUCACACGACUCGACCUCACCAACAACGACGUCUCAACUCUUCCAGCAUCUCUCGCCCUCCUGCCCAAUCUUAAGGUGUUGCUGUUGGAGGGAAAUCCUCUGCGAGGAAUCAGAAGAGACUUACUCACUAAAGGAACCAAUGAGCUUCUGAAAUAUUUAAGAGGAAGAAUUAAAGAGGAGCCCGAGCAAGGAGAGGACAGACAAACUGCCAUGACGUUACCCAGCCAGGCCAACGUCAAUGUUCAUAACAUUAAAACUCUCAAGAUACUGCAGUACAGUGAGAAACAGGCAGACAUGAUUCCAGAUGAGCUGUUUGACGCUGCAGGGGAACACGGCGUGGCUACAGUGAACUUCAGCAAGAACCAGCUGACCUCCAUACCUCCCAGAUUGGUGGAGUUUCACUCCUCACUAUCAGACAUUAACCUGGGCUUCAACAAACUCACCUGCUGUUCUCCUGACAUCUGCAAGUUACUGCAGCUGACACACAUCGACCUCAGGAAUAACCAGCUGAGUGAUUUACCCUGUGAAAUGAAGACCUUAACUAAACUACGCUCCAUUAUCCUCAAUUACAACAGGUUCAAGUCCUUCCCUGACGUCCUCUACCAGCUGACGUCCUUGGAGUCGGUGUUGCUCGGUAACAAUCAGGUGGGCUCCGUGGACCCAGGUCGUCUGGUGAAGCUGGUUCACCUGUCCACGCUGGAUCUGUCAAACAACGACCUGCUCAACGUUCCCCCUGAACUGGGCCUUUGCUCCAGCCUCAGGAGUCUUAGUCUAGAGGGGAAUCCUUUCCGCACACCCAGAGCAGCCAUAGUGGCCAAAGGGACGGACGCAGUGUUGGAAUACCUCCGCGGCCGCAUACCAACAUGAAUCUGCUCACUUGACAUUUCAGUCAGUUAUUAUUAUUAUUGUUAUAUACACUUAAGCCAAAAAUCUGAGUCUGCUGUUUACGAUGACGAAAGCACUUUUAUGAAUAAAACCUUUGCCAAGUGUGGCGCACAAUGAUCUGGAUUUAUAAUAAUGAUAAUCUACAUGUUUCAGAGCACAGCUCUGUUGUAAAUCAGUCUGCAACUGUGAAACAAAAUGAGUUUUGGCACCAAUUUAAUCGUUGAAAUAAAUCUUUUGGGUUCUAA